AUGGCUGAAGUCACACUCGAUCCUGGAGCUCUCGACGAGUUGAACUCCGUCGAAACUCGCGCCUUAUUCGACACAACCGACAAGCUUUCCUCUCUCGGCAUUGGCAGGAUUGUCAAGCUCCCUCAGAUAAUCGUCGUCGGAGAUCAGUCAUCCGGAAAGUCAUCUGUCCUCGAAGCCAUCUCGCAUGUUAAGUUUCCCGUCAGCUCGGGUUUGUGCACACGCUUUGCCACGGAGCUGGUUCUCCGAAACGGCAGCCAACGACGCGUUAAGGCCACCAUUCAGUUCCAUGACGAGCUAAAGCCUGCACGGGAGAUGCGGGUCAAUUAUGAUGGGAGAGAGGAUAUUGGCAAAAUCAUCGCCGCCGCCAAAGACCAUAUGGGCCUCACCGAUUCUAAUAGAGGAUUUUCCAAGGACAUUCUUCGUCUGGAGGUCGAAGGCCCGAACCUUUAUCCUCUCACCCUGGUUGAUCUGCCCGGAAUCUUCCACACCGCGACAGCGAAGCAAUCAGCCGAGGGCAGAACAACUGUCAUGGAGCUGGUAGAGAGCUAUAUGGCAAAGAAAAAUAGCAUCAUCCUCGCCGUUAUAUCAGCGAGUAAUGAGCUCGCCAAUCAGAGAGUGCUGGAGGAGGCUGCGAAACACGACCCCGCUAGAGAGCGUACACUCGGGGUCAUUACUAAGCCCGAUCUUCUCCAUCCAGGGUCACCCGACGAACUUGAGUAUCUUCAGGUAGUCAGGGGGCGCGAGGCGGUGCACAAGCUGCAACUAGGAUGGCAUGUGUUACGUAACCUUCGAGACUACGGCGAACCUAAGGCAGAUCCUGACUCUCGGGACGCAGUCGAAAGGAAGUUCUUCGAAUCCGGGUCUUGGGCUUCCAUACCGGUAAUCCACCGCGGCAUAUAUGCUCUACGGAAACGUCUCAGCCACAUUCUUCACGAUCAUAUCAAGAAACGUCUCCCGGGUGUCCUUGAAGAGAUUCGGGAGAAGCUCGCUGAGCAUGAGGCCGAGCUUGUGCGCUUAGGGCAGGCCAGGUCCAGUGCCGCCGACAUGAGGGCAUAUCUCGUGGACAUCGCGGGAAAAUUUGAGAGACUUGUACGCGAUGGCAUCCAGGGUCAUUACAACGAUCCGUUUUUCGGCGGCUUUGAUGGUAGUGAUCGGAAGCUGCGGUCUCACCUGCGAAGUUUCAAUCGAGCGAUCCGUCACAUCCUCCUCGUGCAGGGGUCGUCAGAGAAGAUCUACCCUAGCCCUCCUGGCUCUACGAGACGAAAAGGCAUUCCUAUCCACCUUCAAGAGUUUCUCGACAAGCAUCCGUACGAUCUUCCAAUGCCAAAACUAAUCACUCGGUCGGAGAUGGCUACGCAACUGGAGCGGCAAGCGGCCGCAAACCAGGGCACCGAGUUUCCCGGAUAUGCCAGUACAAAUUUGAUUGUACAGCUUUUCCAGAGACAAUCCAAGCCCUGGGAGGCCGUCGCCAGGGUGCAUUUGGAGAAGGUCACCGCUGUUGUGAAGGCCUUCGUGGACGAGGCGUUUGAGCACAUCGCUGGGCCCUUGGGCACCUGCAGUACCACUUCUAUGAUUCUGGCGACUUGCGUCGAUCCUUUCUUUGAUGCAAGAGAGAAGAUUCUCGAGAUAAAGCUGCGGGAGCUUCUCCGACCUCUUCAGGAGGGUUAUGCGCUACCUCUCGAUGUCGACUUCCAGGAAGCUAUGAGCCGUGGAAUUUCUCAUCGUGGCGUGGAGGAUGUCUCAGAUGACUCCGACGACAACAACUCAGACGACAACGACUCAGACGACGACAACUCAGACGACGACGACUCAGACGGCUCACGACACUCGAGAGCAGAUCUCCCACGCCGGCGCAACGAGUUUGGGACCGGGCGGGCCGUCGAAACUAUGCUGACAUUCUACGACAUGGCGUUACGCACAUUCACCGAUAACCUGAUCAACCUGGCGUUAGAGAGCUGUCUCAUUCAAGAACUUCCAGGCAUUCUGACGCCGAAGGCCGUGAACGGAAUGGAUGACACGAGGUUGGCGGAGCUCGCGGCCGAGUCAGAGGAGAUUCGGGAGCGCCGCACACAGUUGCAGACUGAUAUAAAACUGCUCAAACAGGGCCUGGAUCAGUGCCGCCGGUACAGAUUCAGAGGCGUGACGAGUGAGAAAGUUCCCUUGUCUUCAACGCUGAAAGACCAUGGCACAUUUACAAUCAUUCCUUCAGCUCAACACACUAAGCCCACGAAAAGCACUCAGCGGGAGACAGCUGUAGGAUUGCCCACGAUCGUCCCUAUUGUACAGCCCAUACAGGGAGAAUUGUCAGCCGAGUCUACUCCAGUAAAGAAGACGAAGGCCCCAGUGGUCAAGUUACCUCCCCCCGAAAGCUAUUCAAAACUUGCCACGAAGGCCGAGAAUAUCUCUCCGACUGAGAAAAGCGGACUCUUUGGAUCCAUUCGCAGAAAGCCCGACGGAACCAGCAAUAUCUUCGACCAAGUCUCAAGUCAGCCUCAUUCAAAUUUUGUGACAACAAGCGGAACAUCGGGUCUGUCGUUCGGCAUGUCAGGAGGCUUCACUUUUGAAAAGGGGCUCGGAACAAAGAGGAGCACAAUACCCGACGAAGUCGCAUUUGGUGGGCUCGGGAAGAGCAGUCCAGGUGGCUCCGAUAUCUUUGGGUCUCAAAGCAACGCCGUGACGACUUGGUCGUUCGACUCCGGCCAAAAAGACGCAGCAACAGUCGAGGGUGAGAAGACCGCCAUUUGGACUGCAUGA